ACACUCAUUUUGACUCAUCACUCAUACACAUACACACUAUCUAGGGGUGUGUUAUCCGAUGGGCGUUACCAUAUAAUUCGCCCCAAACCACGUUAGUACUAUUGGUAAUCAAAUACGUGGGAUUAUUACACAGGGAAAGGUAGUUUCCAUACAGUUUUCUCUUAUCAACCAUACUCGAAUGUUUAUCACAGUUGCCAGAAUACCACUUUUGUGAAAUUACUUCGCAGUGUGCACCGAGUCAUAUUGGGUUACACAAGAGCAAGGAAGGAGAAACGGUUUCGAAGAUGACGUCAUUGGCAUUUAAAGAACACAAAGAGCAUUUAAAACGGUUGGGAAUCCCUCGUAUUGAUCCGAACAAGCAAUCUGUUGAGAAAACGGGCACAAAGGAAUAUGUUCAUGUCAACCCUAUCACAGCUAAACUUGGACCUGAUCUUGAUUUCUUCCAAGGAAUGGAAACUCUACAUGAUGUCUUUAAGAGGGGGAUGCGAUUAUCUAACAACGGAUCUUGCUAUGGAUGGAGGCCCGAACCAAAGGCACCUUACAGAUGGGUGACGUAUGAUCACAUUUACAAAAGAGCGGGAAACUUUGGAUCUGGUCUCAUAGCUGACGGGGUGGAGCCAGGACAACAGACUAUGAUUGGAUUGUACUCACAGAAUAGAAUUGGGUGGAGCAUCACCGAGCAGGCAUGCAAUCGAUACUCGUUUGUUCUCAUCCCACUCUAUGACACACUCGGUCCAGAUGCCUGCAAGUUCAUCGUCAACCAAGCUGAUAUCGGGACAGUGGUAUGUGACACAGAGAGUCGAGCAAAGCUUCUUCUUGAGAAAGCUGAUCAGAUGCCUGUUCUGAAAAGAAUUGUCAUGAUGAGCGCCAUCACCGACGAGCUGCGGAAAAGGACAGAGCAGUUGGAUAUCAAACUCCUUCAAUAUCGAGAAGUGGAGGAAAAUGGAUUAAACAACAAACAGCCGGACAUGCUCCCGAAGAAAAGCGACCUCUGCACAGUGUGUUACACCAGUGGGACGACUGGAAACCCUAAGGGAGCUAUGCUGACUCAUGGUAAUGUAAUCAGCAAUCUAUCCGCCUUCAUGGCACUCAUACACGAUAAAGCUCCGAUCUCAGACGAGACUCAUUUUUCGUAUCUACCUCUGGCGCACAUCUACGAACGGUUUGCUCAGGCGCUUAUCUUAGCACACGGAGGCCGUAUUGGUUACUCUCAAGGCGAUAUCAAACUCCUUACUGAUGAUAUCCAAGCUCUGAAACCAACCAUCAUGCCAGUCGUACCAAGGGUUAUGAACAGGAUCUAUGACAAGUUUCUUCAGGGAGUUAAGGAUAAAGGCAAGCUGAAAUACACUGUCUUCAACCUUGCAAGAAAGAAGAAACUUGCUCAGCUCAUGAAGGGUAAUACACGCACAGAUACGAAGUGGGAUAAGGUCUUCAAACCAUUAAGAGAUAUUAUGGGUGGAAACAUUCGUUUCAUGACGACUGGAUCGGCGCCUACCACAGAAGAAACCAAAAACUUCUUCCGCUGUGUUCUAGGAGUGACGCUCCUGGAGGGUUACGGACAAACGGAGACCACAGCGAUCGUAACAUGCGGUGUCCCGGCGGACAUGUCGCCUGGCCAUGUAGGAGCAGUACUUCCAAACACUGAGAUUAAAUUGGUUGAUGUACCCGAUAUGAAUUAUUAUGCAAAGAACGGGGAAGGAGAGAUUUGUAGCCGUGGUAGUAACAUCUUCAUUGGUUAUCUCAAGGAUGAGGAGAAGACAAGGGAGACAUUUGAUGAGGACGGUUGGAUGCACUCAGGUGACAUCGGAAAAUGGCUUCCGAAUGGUACACUGAAGAUUAUCGACAGGAAGAAACAUAUCUUCAAACUUCAGCAGGGAGAGUACGUCGCUCCAGAGAAAAUAGAAACCUAUUACCAGAGGAGCGAGUAUGUGGGUCAAGUCUACGUUCAUGGAGAUAGCUUACAGAGUUACUGUGUAGCCAUCAUUGUACCAGAUGAGGAGGUGCUUCUGAAAGUAGGAAAGUCAAAGGGAUUUGGAAAUAGCUUUGAGCAACUCUGCAAACGAAAGGAAGUCAACAAAAUGAUCCUCGACGAUUGUGUGAGAAUCGGGAAGCAAGCUGGACUCAACUCAUUUGAACAAGCAAAGAAAGUCUUCUUAUGCGCUGAACUGUUCUCCCUCGAGAAUGGGCUUCUCACCCCCACCAUGAAAUCGAAGCGCCCAGCACUGAAGAACUACUUCAAGAGCCAGAUAGACGCUAUGUAUGGCCAAUGAAGCAGUCCGCACAGAUCUGUAUAAAUUUCAGCUGCAUUUUUGUAUUUUCAUAUAUGUAUGAUUUAUGAAAAUUAUGAUAGAGCUGGGUUGAGUGUCUUGUAUCAACCAUUUCUAUAUUAUAUUUGAUAUUUUGAGAAAUUGGAGUUAAAAUUGAGUUUGUCGAUUUUUUUAAAGGAAUAUCAUCCUAAAAAGAUUUUACUUUUUUUAAUUGUUGAUACUUUAAUUUUGAAGCCAUUCAAAGAGCAACAGACAAAAUUACUUAUUCAUGUUCAAAAAGCAAGUUUCAUGACUUAAAACAAUACUUUUAAGUAAUUACUAAACAACAGUACUCCGGCGAAAUUCGACUUGCCGCUUUGAUGGAGGAGAAUGAUAGUUUAUUGUUAUAUUAUGAUAACAAUUAUUUGCUUAAAAUUGAUAAUAUUAACAAGAUCAUAAUCAUCCUCCUCCAUGAAAGCAGCAAGCCGAAUUUUAGGGGAAUAGGAAUAAUGGAACUUUUUACAAAUCUUCUAUUUUUAAAAUAGAUAAUAGAGGAAUAUAAUCAUGCUUGAUGUGUAUUUCAAAACUUGUUAAGGACCCUUAAGGUGAAUGGACACUUAAUCCGUACUCUUUUUUUUUACAGUGAAUAUAUCACGAGCUCGUCUCUUGUAUUUCUAUUUUUUAUUAAGUCUAUAUCGCAAUUUAAAAAAAUAACUGCGUGGAAUUGGAUAUCACAAUCAUGUCGCUGUACAGAUUUUAACAGUACUGCAUGGGGAAAAUCUUCUUUUGAACUCUUGAAUUCGGAAAUUACAAGAAAUUAGAGACGUUCCUUUUUGACGGUUGUCUAAUAUUUGGCAAAAUUCUAAAAAAGUACGUCUAGGUUCUGACUAGUCGUUAAAUGAACGCUUAACCAAUUAGUUUUACACUGUAAACACACCGUUUAAAAUUUUAAGCACGUUGUUAAUAUCCGUCACUCUAACAACUAUUGUUUAAACUGUUUAAACCAACUGUUUAUUUUUUUACACAACUGUUUAAACAUUUUAAACAAGUUGUUUAAAAAGUUUAAACAAUUACAGAAAAGUUUAAACAACUUUAAACAAUUUGUUGUUAGAGUGACAUGCUUAAACAAUGCGCAUUCUUUUUUUACUGUGUAUGCAAUGAACAGGGUAUGAAGAUAUUAUUUUGGUCGAUAACUGAUUCGAUAUUUUAUAUGGUAUGUAUAUAUUAGUCUUUUCACUCGGCCUUAUUUUGUAUUCAAUGAAAUAUGCUACUUACGAAUGUUUUUUAUACAGGUUUGAUCACUUUAGUGAAAUAUAAAUCAAGGAACUUUUUUUACUUCUGUAUAGAUUUUCUCGGUUAAGAUUAUAUGAAGAUAAUAUUUGUUUAUAUGUCUUUCAAAAAUUGUCUAACCUUCAUAUUCAUCAUUAUCAAUUAUUAUUCAUACAUGAGUUUUAUCAAGUAUAUAAUGCACUGUACAUUUCUAAAACAUAGUUACUAAUAAGAAAAUAUUGUUACGCGUCAACCGAGAUUUGUUUGACUCACGAUACAACAUUGUAUAGUAUAAUAUUCUUGUUUUUUAUUCUCAAUAUUUUUGCAGCUUUGUAUUCAUUUGUUCUAUUCAAUAUGAAUGGAGUAGGUACGUUUGAAUUUAAGGCCCUGUGAUCUUGUUGCCCCGAAUCGUUUCAAAACACCCAAAGACAGGGGCGGCGUCGGGAUGGAGGGGGGGGGGGGGGCAAGCCGACGACAUAUUCUUCCUUAAUUCAGUAAUAGGGGUAUUGUUGAGUUACACGGCCAAACCUUUCCUUUUUUUUUAUAUACAAUUUUCGUUUUUCUUUCUAUCCUCUUUAUUUCCUCCUCGCCCCCCCCCCCCGUUUUUUUUUUUCAAACGUCAUAAGGGGCAGUUGCCUCCUGCCCCUACACUUGUGGCACCGCCCCUGCCCAAAUAUUGAGCCCCUACAAAUAUUUUGUUUGGGCAUAUUUGAUGUAGAGGUCCCUUUGAAACCAAUUUAUAUCCACCGUGAUUGUUGUAUGCAUGGUGGACUUGAUCAUGGGCCCUUAACACAAAGCUUAGCAAUCAUUGUUUAACAUUAUUUUACGAUUGAUUGCAUUGACUACAAUGUGUAAUCAACUUAAAAAUCAAGCGUAUGAUUAAUCGCAAACCCUUGUGUUACGGGACAAAGGUCGGUAUUGAGGCCCUUGCCUCGUCUGGUGUGCAGUCGGGAUCUUAUUUCUUAAAGAUAUUCAGAGUAUAUUUUUUUAUAUAUCAUGCAAAUUCUACCUUUUCAAACUAAAAUGUGGUGAUAUUUUUAUCUUUUGUAAAAUUGAGUAAAAUGUGUAUGGUCCGAAUGCCUUUGAAUUAAAACCGACUGCUAUUCGUAAAAAAAAAAAGAAGAAAAAACAAUGUUUAAGUUUCUAACCUUGAUGUCUUGAUAUUAAGUCAAAUGUGAUUUUAUUGUAAUUGGUGGUUGUUUCAUUAACUUGAAUAAUAUUAUAUCUGAACUGUCACCUCAAUAAAUGGCCAAAUAUUUUUCGUCUAUUUUGUUUAUUAAACUA